AUGUUCCUUCAGUCCGUCUCUCGAGCUGCUGCUCGCAGCUCGGCCAUGCCCACGGCUGCCAUUCGCUCCUACCGCACCGUCCCAAGCCCAAUGGCUUGCCUGAAUGUCCGCCCUCAGACCGAGAAGAAGUCUAUUGCUCCCCAGCAGACACGCGCCGCAUCCGAGCAUGCCAUCGCCAAUCCCACCCUGGCCGGUAUUGAGAAGCGCUGGGAGGCCAUGCCUCCCCAGGAGCAGGCCGACCUGUGGAUGCAGCUGAGAGACCGCAUGAAGGUUGACUGGCACCAGAUGACUCUCCAGGAGAAGAAAGCCGCCUACUGGAUUGCUUUUGGUCCCCAUGGCCCUCGCGCACAGCCCCCCAAGGGCGAGAACCUGAAGAUCUUCCUGAAGGUCGUUCAGCUCACCCUCGUCUCGUUCGGUCUCUUCUACGUUAUCCACCUCUUCGCCAAGCCCCAGCCCAAGACCAUGUCCAAGGAGUGGCAGGAGGCCUCCAACGAAUACGCCUUGAGAGAGAAGAUGAACCCCAUCCACGGCAUCAGCAAGGAGGGUUACGAAGGCCCCGGAUUCGUCCAGAGCGCCCCUGCCGAGCGAUCGUAG